AUGGAUAAAAUCAUGCAAGCUGCUACUACUGGAGAGGUAGAAAACAUGCCGCUUCAGCUCGAGGUCUCUGGUCCAUCAGUUGAGGAAGCUGGAAUUGUUGCAAAACCCUUCGAACUUGUUGGAGACGACAAGGUUGAAUCUCUCACUUCUGGUCCAAAGCUCUCUGCUACCAGCGAGCCAACGCCAGAUGCUCCGAUCGCCUCCAACUCCGCGCCGAUCCCAGCAAAUAGGAACGUCGCCUGGAUCCCUCUCACCGAAUUCAAAUACUUCUCAAAGCUCCCCUUCGAGCUGCGCAGCAUGAUCUAUGUCAUCGCCAUUAAAGAUUAUUCGCCCCGAAUCCUCGCUAUCCAGCCUCAAUACCGCGAACAUCCGGGCCUCAUCCACGCCUGGAAGGAGUCGCACGAAGCUUGCACAAAGUACUACUACUACUGCGCCAGCAAGCAACGCUGCAAGUUCUUCCGAUUCUUCAUCGACUACCGAAAGGAUAUUCUCUACCUCAACCACCCAUUCACCCUCCUAGGCGGAAAAUGUCAGCAGAGCCCUCUUCAAUCCACACACACGAUUUAUCCUGAGUUCCUGGAGCUUAUCGAGACACUCGCUAUGAAUCUCAAGGAGGUGCGCAACUUGUCUGGUGAUCAUCGUGGCAAGAAUACCAUUUGGUUGAUGCUCAGCAAGUGGUGCCCUAACCUGAAAGAGCUCAAAGUCGUCGUUAAUAACUUGCCAACCAAUGGUCUCUUGCUCGAUUUCAAGCCGAUCAUGACAGCUAAAGUUUACAAAGAGAUGAUUGAUAUACCGAAACAAAGAGCAAUUGAGGAGAUCAGUGGUAGCUUCAAGAAGGCGAAGAAGCACUAUGGUCUUGUGACGGAGUUGCAGAUGAGAUUGGUGGUUAUUGAUGAGAGUGCACCGAAGGUCAAGAGUAAGAAAGAAAGGGCUGUCAUUGCAGAGGCAUGGAAGAAGGCGAACAUGAAGGUUAAUGGAGUAUCUGAGGUCGACCAAAUUGUUACACAACUCGAAGGCGGCGCUACUGGAUCUGAAGGUGCUGGCAUAGGCUCAUCCGGUGGGGCGAAGAAGGACAAGAAAGCUUCUGAGACGUCAAAGCUACCUGCGAAGCUCCAGAAGGCUGGUAAUGGCAAGUUGGCUAAGAACAAUUCUGGCAAGUUCAGCGGCAAGCCCACAGUAAAAGCAAGGAAGUAG